GUUUGGUUACAGUGGUUGUUGGGAGGUGAGUGUAUGCGCGGAUGGAUGCUUGAGAUGGAUGCUCGAUGUGACUCAGGAGCGGGAAGAUGCCUGCUGAACGACACCGCCAGCCACUCCUAUUUAUCGACUUCGAGUGCAUGCCCGAGGCCGAUGGCUCGCGCGACUCAUCCGGCUGGCACGCGCCACCUCCCUCGCUCGGUCGACUCAUCCUGACGGGUCUUGCAUCUUCUACCGUGGAGUUUGCGGCCCGCACGAUGCCUACCAUUGUUCGAACAUUAACGUCCAGCCGCUUUCAUUCAAAGGCUACUCAGCCUUCGGAGUUGGGGGACAGGGUGAAAACCGCUCAGUCGCGAAUAGUCGAAGCCACUGAGUCGGUGGCCAGUAUGUUCGAAUCCGCUGACCAGCUUGUUUCCGCGUCCGUCGCAAGAUAUUCUCCGUCGUCUUCCUACGCGCAGCACCCACCCACAAUGACAACACCGUCACCGAGGAAAAAUGUUUGUUUCUCAGAUUUCGAAGCACAACCGCGCUGCCACGCCCCUCGGAGAUGCCAGUGCCAUUGUUCACGGCGCGCACGUGGCGGACAGUUUAUGGCCAACACGUGGCCCGUGAUGUCUAUGUUCUGCGCUAUGCCUUCGAUGUUUAUGACUAGCAUGCGGCCUUAUAAGACUCUGAUCGACGUAAUGACGGGGAAAACAACACUUGGACGCACACUCCAACGGUGACCCAGCUGUAAGGAUGCCACGCGCCACAAGGCCACUCCCUGAGGGUACGUUCCGUCUUCUCGUCUCUUUAUCUCCACUCUCUUUAUCUUCAUGUGGCCACAACCUCCCAAUCGCUGCUCACUCCUAUCAAGGCUUCAUCCCCCUCACCCCCACCG